UGCUAGUUUGUCCCGGGGUCCUCCCGGCACGCCGCAGGGCCUAGAGGGCUUAGCGGGUCGGCCUCGGGCCUGGUAGCCGCGGCGGCGCCUGGCGCCGAGCGGAGGGCCUUCUGAAGGCCCCGGGACGCGUCUGUGGUCCCGGGGGGCAUCUACGGGGCGUCCCCGAGAGGAUUGGGGGCGUCCACAGGGCCUGGACUGAGACUGAAGCCUGCCUUCCAUCAUAUAGCUGGCUUGGGUCAUUUUUGUAGGCACUGUUGAUCGUCUUUAUGAGCUGACCGGAGGCUAGGGUCUGUUUAGAGGGUUCUGGGGCCAUCUUGAGAUCUUGAGAUAUGUCCCGGGGUGAAGGUGAUCUGCAAGAGCUGGGGAGUAUCUGCAGAGCCAACUAUAGCGCCUAGGGUAUGUCUGUUAGGGCUGGGAAGUGUCUACAUGUGCUGACCUGAGGAUGCGGCUCACCUACAGGGGUCUGGGGCCAUAUAGCUGGGCCUGGAAGAACUGUUCCAGGGAUAGGAAGUCUUUUAUAGAUACCCAGAGGAGCGGGAUGUACCCACGAAGGGAGAGAGGCAAAUACUGAGAUGUUCUGAGAGGCCUGGAUGGGUCUCCAGCUGUCUGGGGAGUGUCUAGUCUGGGUGACAGGAGGCUGGGGGCAGUUAGAAGAACCUGGAACCAUCUAGGUGGCUUUGAGUGUGACUGCAAAUUCGAAUGCCUUUGGGGGGGCCAUAUAAUUGCAUGGAGAAUAAGACAAUGAAGAGUAUUGGAAAAUUUGCCCAGCUGUAUUGUACUUGCCCUUAGAAAGUAAUUCAAAUGCACAAUGUUGAAAAAUUCUGCGUGGCCCUGGGGCUACAGAGAGCGUUAGAAUUAGUCCUCCUUGGUCUGGGAAAGUCUAUAGGAUCAUCUAGACUCCUCUAGUGCUGUGAUUUUCAAACUCUUUUGACCUUGAUCUACAGUGAGAAAUACAUUUUUUCAUUGAGACCUAGUGUACACCGUCAUAUGAAUUUCAUACCCAAGUCCCAUUAAUUAGUAUUUUCAUUUACUUGUGAUGUAUUGUGAAGAAUCUUCUACUGUGUUCGAUUUGCUUUGAUAACAAGCUAUUUGUAAAGCACUGAACUGCUAUCAAGUUUAUAGUUUGGGAAACUGAUCUAGAGGGACCUAGCAGCGUCUGCAGAGGCUUCUCAGGUGACCAUGGAGGAAGAAGAUGAGUCUCGAGGGAAGACAGAGGAGUCAGGCGAGGAUCGGGGUGACGGUCCGCCAGACAGAGACCCUACGCUUUCUCCUUCUGCUUUUAUCUUGCGGGCCAUUCAGCAGGCUGUGGGAAGUUCCCUGCAGGGGGACCUGCCAAAUGAUAAAGAUGGUUCUCGGUGUCAUGGCCUUCGAUGGAGGCGCUGUCGGAGCCCACGUUCAGAGCCCCGUUCCCAGGAAUCAGGGGGGACUGACACGGCUUCUGGACAGGGUGGAGCCCCUCCUGGCCUAUUCCAGGUGUUGGACGUGGCUGCCGAUGGCCUCCUCGCGGGGCUGGUGAGCAUCCUGGAUCCCCCGGAUACCUGGGUUCCCAGCCACCUGGACCUGCGGCCUGGCGAAAGCGAGGACAUGCUGGAGCUGGUGGCCGAGGUCCGAAUUGGGGACAGGGAUCCAGUCCCCCUUCCUGUACCCAGCCUGCUGCCCCGUGUCAGGGCCUGGAGGACGGGCAAAACGGUUUCUCCGCAGUCUCACUCUUCUCGACCCACCUGUGCCCGCCACCUCCUCACCUUGGGCACUGGAGACGGGGGCCCUGCUCCGCCCCCUGCCCCCUCCUCUGCCUCCUCUUCACCUUCCCCUUCCCCCUCAUCAUCCUCCCCUUCCCCGCCUCCCCCUCCACCACCCCCGGCCCCCCCGGCCCCUCCUGCACCCCGGUUUGAUAUCUAUGACCCCUUCCACCCCACCGACGAGGCCUAUUCCCCACCGCCUGCUCCAGAGCAGAAGUACGACCCCUUCGAGCCCACUGGCUCCAACCCCAGCUCAUCGGCGGGGACCCCCUCACCUGAGGAGGAGGAGGAGGAGGAGGAAGAGGAGGAAGAGGAAGAAGAGGAAGAAGAGGAGGAGGAAGCCCUGUCCCAGAGCAUCAGCCGCAUCUCAGAGACCCUGGCGGGCAUCUACGACGACAACAGCCUGAGCCAGGACUUCCCAGGUGACGAGAGCCCGGGCCCGGACCCCCAGCCCCUGCAGCCGACUCCAGCCCCUGGCACACCGCCCCAGGCCGACUCCACCCGGGCCGACGGAGCCACCCGCCGGCGCGUCUUUGUGGUGGGGACUGAGGCGGAGGCCUGUCGGGAAGGCAAGGUCUCCGUGGAGGUGGUGACGGCCGGUGGCGCCGCCCUCCCGCCCCCUCUGCUGCCACCGGGCGACUCAGAGAUUGAGGAGGGCGAGAUUGUCCAGCCUGAGGAGGAGCCCAGGAUGGCGCUCUCCCUCUUCCGGGCCGGCGGCCGGGCCGCACGACCCCCUCCGGCGGCCCCGGCCCCCGCUGCGGCCCAGCCCCCGCCCCCGCCGCCCGCCCCCCGGGCCCCCGAGGGGGACGACUUCUUGUCUCUGCACGCGGAGUCCGACGGCGAGGGCGCCCUGCAGGUGGACCUUGGGGAGCCGGCCCCCGCCCCGCCCACCGUGGACGCGCGCUGGGGCGGUCUGGACCUGCGCCGCAAGAUCCUGACCCAGCGGCGCGAGCGCUACCGGCAGCGCUCGCCCUCCCCGGCCGCCGCCCCCGCCUCCGCUGCCCCCACUGGCCCGCCCACCCGCAAGAAGUCGAGGCGGGAGCGCAAGAGGAGCGGCGGUGAGGCCAAGGAGGCCGCCUCGUCCUCCUCCGGCGCUCAGCCCGCCCCGCCGGCCCCGGCCUCCCCCUGGGACCCCAAGAAGCACCGCUCCCGGGACCGCAAGCCGGGCUCCCACGCCUCGUCGUCCGCCCGCCGCCGCUCGCGGUCCCGCUCCGCCCGCCGCCGCUCGCGGAGCACCGACCGGCGCCGCGGAGGCAGCCGCAGGUCCCGGUCUCGGGAGAAAAGGCGGCGGCGGCGGCGCUCGAACUCCCCGCCCCCGGCCACCUCCUCGUCGUCGUCUUCCAGGCGCGAGCGGCACCGCGGCAAGCACCGGGAAGGCGGCGGCAGCAAGAAGAAGAAGAAACGGUCGCGGUCCCGGGGCGAGAAGCGGUCUGGGGACAGUGAGAAGGGCCUUGCCCCGGCCCAGCCGCCCUCCGGCUCCACCUCCUUGGGCGGAGAGCGAGACAGCCGCCGCCGGGGGGCCGUGCCGCCCUCCAUCCAGGACCUCACGGACCACGAUCUCUUUGCCAUCAAGCGGACCAUCACCGUGGGCCGGCCGGACAAGCCUGACCCCCGAGGCCCCUCACCGGCUCCGGCCUCAUCGCCCAAGCGCGAGGUCCUAUACGACUCCGAGGGACUGAGCGCCGAGGAGCGGGGAGGCAAGAGCAGUGAGAAGGACCGGCGCCGCUCUGGGGCGGCCUCCUCCUCCUCUUCCUCCCGGGAGAAGGGAUCACGACGGAAGGCACUGGAUGGGGGGGAUCGGGACCGGGACAGGGACAGAGAUAGGGACAGGGACAGGUCAUCCAAGAAGGCCCGGCCCCCCAAGGAGUUGGCGCCCUCUUCAGGGCCCCCGCCAAAGCCACCUGUCAGCAGCGGCUCAGGCUCCUCGUCCUCGUCGUCCUCCUCAUCCUCCCGGAAGGUGAAGCUACAGUCCAAGGUGGCCGUUCUGAUCCGAGAGGGUGUCAGCAGCACCACAUCAGCCAAGGAGGCCACGUCUGCUGGCCUGGGCUCCAUCGGAGUCAAGUUCAGCCGAGACCGAGAGAGCCGCUCCCCCUUCCUCAAGCCGGAUGAGCGGGCCCCUACUGAGGUGGCCAAAGCAGCUCAGGGCAGCACCAAGCCCAAAAAGACCAAGGUCAAGGCCAAGGCUGGGGCCAAGAAAGCCAAGGGGACCAAGGGAAAGACCAAGCCAUCCAAGACCAGGAAAAAGAUCCGCAGCGGUGGGGGCAGUGGCGGUGGCGGCAGUGGCCCUGCGACGCUGAAGAAGUCCAAGGCGGACAGCUGCAGCCAGGCGGCGGGAGCCAAAGGGGCUGAGGAGACUUCCUGGUCCGGGGAAGAGCGGGCAGCCAAGGCCCCUAGCACCCCGCCCCCCAAGGCGGCCCCUCCACCCCCUGCUCUCACGCCCGACUCGCAGACUGUGGAUAGCAGCUGCAAGACACCUGAGGUCUCCUUCCUGCCAGAAGAGGCCGCUGAGGAGGCUGGAGUCCGAGGUGGGGCGGAGGAGGAGGAGGAGGAGGAAGAGGAGGAGGAGGAGGAGGAGGAGGAGGAGCAGCAGCCGGCCACCAGCACGGCCACCAGCACGGCUGCGGCCGCUCCCAGCACCGCCCCUAGUGCGGGGUCCACGGCUGGCGACUCGGGGGCGGAGGAUGGACCAGCCCCCCGUGUCUCCCAGCUGCCCACGCUGCCCCCACCCAUGCCCUGGAACCUGCCCGCUGGUGUAGACUGCACUACCAGCGGUGUCCUGGCCUUGACUGCACUUCUCUUCAAGAUGGAAGAAGCCAAUCUGGCAAGCCGAGCAAAGGCCCAGGAGCUGAUCCAGGCCACCAACCAGAUCCUCAGCCACAGGAAGCCCCCCUCAAGUCUGGGGGUGACGCCAGCUCCUGUGCCCACCUCUCUGGGUCUGCCCCCUGGCCCCUCCAGCUACCUGCUCCCUGGCAGCCUCCCCCUGGGGGGCUGUGGCUCUACCCCUCCCACCCCCACUGGGCUGGCUGCAGCGUCUGACAAGAGAGAGGGCAGCAGCAGCUCCGAGGGACGUGGUGACACAGACAAGUAUCUGAAGAAGCUGCACACGCAGGAGCGGGCAGUAGAGGAGGUGAAGCUGGCCAUCAAGCCGUAUUAUCAGAAGAAGGACAUCACCAAGGAGGAGUACAAGGACAUCCUGAGGAAGGCCGUCCACAAGAUCUGCCACAGCAAAAGUGGGGAGAUCAACCCAGUGAAGGUGAGCAACCUGGUGCGCGCCUACGUCCAACGCUACCGCUACUUCCGCAAGCACGGCCGCAAGCCAGGGGACCCUCCGGGGCCCCCACGGCCGCCCAAGGAGCCGGGACCCCCUGACAAGGGCGGCCCGGGCCUGCCCCUGCCCCCUCUCUGAGAUCCCCAGCCGCCCCUUUCCUCCUUCGCUGUCUCUCUGGAAUUCUGGACAUAUUUAUGGCUCUGCCUCCCUACAUCCCUCCCCUGUCAGUGGGAUGAUUGGGGGAGGGUUGCUGCGGGAAAGAGGAGAGCCCCCUGCCCAGCCCCACUGCCAUCUCCCUCGCCCCAAGCCUGUGCCCAUUGCCCCUCCCCUCUGUUCGUGCCCCUACCCCAGUUUCAUUAAAGAUUUCAUGAAAUGUUACCCCUGA